CUGCCCUAGUGGCCUCUCUUCUUUUUGGAUGGAGCACCCGUCGCUGCUGCCUGCUAGUUGUGGGACGUCUCCCCCGCAGUCCCUGGGUGCCUUAGCUGGACCAAUUAUUGUGGAGCCACAUAUCACAGCAGUAUGGGGAAAGAAUGUUUCACUCAAGUGUUUAAUUGAAGUGAAUGAAACCAUAACACAAAUUUCAUGGGAGAAGAUACAUGGCAAAAAUACACAGACUGUUGCAGUUCAUCAUCCUCAGUAUGGAUUCUCAGUUCAAGGAGACUAUCAGGGAAGAGUGUCAUUUAAAAAUUACUCACUUAAUGAUGCAACAAUUACUCUGCAUAAUAUAGGAUUUUCUGAUUCUGGAAAAUACAUUUGUAAAGCUGUUACAUUCCCACUUGGAAAUGCCCAGUCCUCUACAACUGUAACUGUGCUAGUUGAACCCACUGUGAGCCUGAAAAAAGGGCAAGAUUCUUUAAUUGAUGGAGGAAAUGAAACAGUAGCAGCCACUUGCACAGCAGCCACUGGAAAACCAGUUGCACAUAUUACCUGGGAAGGUGAUCUUGGUGAAAUGGAUUCCUUUACAACUAAUUUUCCAAAUGAAACAGCAACGGUUGUCAGCCGGUAUAAGCUGUUUCCAACCCGAUUUGCUAGAGGAAGACGAAUUACUUGUGUUGUGCAACAUCCUGCCUUGGAAAAGGACCUCCGAUACUCUUUCGUGUUAGAUAUACAAUAUGCCCCUGAAGUUUCUGUAACAGGUUAUGAUGGAAAUUGGUUUGUUGGAAGAAGAGGGGUUAAUCUCAAGUGUAAUGCUGAUGCGAAUCCACCACCCUUUAAAUCUGUGUGGAGCAGGUUGGAUGGGCAAUGGCCUGAUGGUUUACUGGCUUCAGACAAUACUCUUCAUUUUGUCCGUCCAUUGACUUUCAAUUAUUCUGGUGUUUAUGUCUGUAAAGUGACAAAUUCCCUUGGUCAAAGAAGUGAUCAAAAGAUUAUCUACAUUUCUGAUGCUCCACUUAAGCAGACGUCUUCUAUAGCUGUAGCUGGUGCCAUAAUUGGAGCUGUCCUUGCCCUUUUCAUCAUCGCUGUCUUUGUGAUUGCACUGCUGACUCCUCGGAAAAAAAGACCAUCCUACCUUGACAAAGUGAUUGACCUUCCUCCCACGCAUAAGCCACCUCCUAUGUAUGAACAACAAUCCCCACCUUUGCCUCAAAAAGACCUUCUUUAUCAGAGUGAACACUUACCUCUGCAGACUCCAUUCAAAGAAAGGGAAGCUGGCAGUCUUCUGCCUUCUAAUGGACUAAAUAGCAGCAGAUUUGACUAUGAAGAUAAUACAGUGGGAGAAAACGGAACUCAGCAGAUGUACCCCCUUUACAGUCACGUGUGCUAUGAAGACCCAAGUACUGGCAGAUGUCAAAGCACCAACCCUGAGAAAGUCUACAUCAACCCACGAGAACACUAUGUGUGAUUUUUCUCAUUUUCCAAUAGGUAUUCUAACAAAUGUUUAGUCUUAGAUUGGGGAGAAAAAGCAGGCCAAUAGCUAUUUUAUUCUCUCAUAUAACAGUCCCAAUCUAAGAGUAUUAAAAGUCUUGAUGAAUGGCUUAGAGCUAAUAGCAGAGUUCUUUCCUUCAUUAGGGGUUUCUUAACCACCAGCUGUGUUUGUGAACUUGACUGUAGCUUUGUGUGUUUCUGUGAUGCUGAUGUUUAACUACUAACAUUUGGCCUAAGAUGGAAUGUUCAUUUGAAAGUACAGCAUCUGCCUGUGAUGACUGCAGUUAUUCUUCUGGAAGACAGGCCCCAGCUGGUAGUGUUAGCCUCCUCGAGUCUCAGGCAGCCAGCCUGUGCCUCUGUAAUUCAGAGGGGUAGAAAAAUGAGUUCAGAAUCCAUUUCACUAGUGUUUAGCUAGAAUUUAGAUUUCCCUAACAUGCAGAAUACGGUUACAGUACCUGUGUACAAAGGGGAAAGAGCUGGAGAAAGAGAAAAAUUUGCUUUCUAUCCACAACAACAACAAGCAUUGUAAAGCAUUAAAAUGUCAGUGCUUUUGAACUUUCCUGUUACUGUAUAAGGUCCUAAGGGAUUCGUAGUUGCCCCUGUUACCUGUUCACUCGUAGCUAGCUUUGUGUUGUGCAGGUUCAUCUCUUGCUCUGCCUUUGUUCCUACAGUCCUGUUGUUUGCCUCCAGAUUCACCUGUGUGCUGCCUAAGUCCUAAAAGCCCCACUACAUGGUGUCUAACCCGUCGUGCUGUCCCUUUCCUCUCUAGUUCAAGCUCAGCUUUCACUUCUGGAGUUUCUUCCAAACUACUCUCAGUCUGCACAAGCUUUUGCCACCCUUCUGCGUGCUACAGGCCAUUUAUCUUCCAUGUUUUAUCUACCUCAGAAAAGACAACUGGAAAAUCGCCAUGAAAUGACUCCUGCCAUGAAAAGGCAGCUGGAAAGUUUGAAAACUUUUUUUUUUAAUGAAAGCUAUUUCGAUAUGCAGUGUUUGCUAACUAGUAUGUCUUAUAUCCCUCCUCCACUUUACUUGGUCAACAAGAGUGAAGAUAUGCGAAAAAGCAUGGAAGACAGUGACUUACCUAUUAGGGUGUCCUACAGUACUUUGACAUCUGCAAAUGUCUGCUAUGAGAGUUCUCAUCUCUCUUUGUCAACUUUCCUCACUGAAAUUAAUAGUAGUAAUUACAGUGUGGUGAGCAGAGACAGAAGGUUCCCAGGUACCCAUGUAAGUGUCAGUCACUUUCCCUCACAUCUUAAAGAAAGUGUAAUUUUACUGUGUAUUUUGGAACUUGAAGUAUAUCACGAAUGUUCUUUCAAAACUUACAAGCUUGUCAUCUACUUAAAAAAAAAAGUAACAUACACAGUGAAAUAAAUGGGAUAAAGCAUGUUUCAAAGCUAUAGUGCAAGGGGAAAGGAGAAUGUUAGCAUAUAUUUCAAAUGAGAUGCAAAGAUACUUUAUGAUUCAUGUUAUGCUGUUAACUCUUUUUUUUUUUUCCUUUUUCACACAAACUCUGAAUGUCAUUCUACAAUAUACUCUGCCCUACAACUUGGGUGACCCAGAAUUCUGGGAAAAAUGAUGUUCAUAUUCCAUCUCCAUGCUUUAGCUAGGUAAUUAGCAAUUUUAAAGGCAAUAGCUGCAGAGCCUCAAAGGAUAAAUUCUAAAGAUCCUCACUGCUAAAUCCCUGUACUACCUCAGAGUAAGACUUCAGUGCCCUUCGUAUAAAAGAAAAUAGUCAACUUUACUAUUUAAAAUGGUGUUGCUGAGUUAGUGUCACUAAAGGUAUAGGAAUUUCGAGAUAUAUCUCCACAGUGUUGCAUAACUACUGUUGUUAUGGAGAGGAUAUGGUGGGGCAUUGCCUCUACAAAGCUUUGAAUGCUUGGGAUGGUUUGGGGAAACAGGUUGUUGAGUUAUCUUAACACAAACACUCUGUGAACACAGGAAAACUACAGAUGUCUACAUUUGCCCCAGAGAAGGGGAUUUGGAAACACUGAAUUUCAGGAGCCCUCUAUCCUGCCUCUGCACAGUUCCAUAAGGAAUUCACUGUCUCACCUUAACAUUCUUGGUUUAGUUAUAAAAAAGCAAUUUUAGGGUGUAGACACCUCUCAUGCAGAAAACUACUUUAAUAUUGUAUUUGCCUGUGAGCUGUGACAUUUCUCGAACAAACUGGCAGAUUUAGUAUAUAGCUACUGGCCCUUGUAUCAGCCACACAACUCUGUAUUAGCUUAUAAAGAGUUAGGAAUCUUAAACGGCCUCCCAUCUGUUCUCUCUAAAAAACCUCGCUAAAUAAAGAAGAGCUUCAAAGGAUUUGAUCAGCCAGCCGGGUCCUCAACCAAAAAAAUACCAUCCAAAAUUAGCUGGGGGGUCUCUAAAUGUGGAGUCUAGACUACUUGACAAUGCCAUUUAAAUUUGGAAGUUGUACUUAUGCAGGUCAGUGAAGUUAGGCUGAGGUAUAUGAUUCACAGCUGAUAUUAGAUACUCUUUCUAUAACUAGUAUACUAGACACACAAACAGAAAAAUAUCCGCACGGCAUGUACUGCUUUCGGUUGUAUUUUUGGAUUCCAAGGAAAGGGGAGCAUGCCCACCUUAAACACAGCCCAUAUUGCCUGUUUUCUAUGUAGGCCAUCCCCAGGUUGCACACCACACUAGCUCCAAGUGUCUGCACCAUCAGGAUUGACCUGACACAAAAGAUUAAGAAUCCUAAAUGGCAGUGAUGUAUUAUCUCCUCUGUGAGGGUUCUCCCUCCACUUAGCCUUUGUACAUGCUCCAAAUUUAAAGAACUUAUUGCCAUUUGGAAGGAUGUAAUACAAAAUUCUUACCCAUUCUAGGCUGCUUUAUAAUAGACAAGCAGUAGUGAUUU